UAAAUCAUUUCUUUUCUAUCUGUCUUCGUCCACACCGAAUCAUCAUCACUCUCGCAUGUUGCUUUUUAAUUCCCUAACCCUAGCUCCGACGAAGUUACCGAUGAACGACAUCGUUUUUGAGCCCGAUGAUAUCAAGUUCGGAACUCCCUGGUGGUUCUUGUACGCCGGUGUGUCUUGCCUGCUCGUGCUCUUCGCUGGGAUCAUGUCUGGUCUCACAUUGGGCCUCAUGUCUUUGGGCCUCGUCGACCUUGAAAUUCUCCAGAGAAGUGGCUCCUCCAUUGAAAAGAAACAAGCUGCUGCUAUACUGCCAGUUGUUCACAAACAACACCAGCUUUUAGUUACUUUGCUUUUAUGUAAUGCUUGUGCUAUGGAGGCUUUGCCUAUAUACCUUGAUAAAAUUUUUCAUCCCUUUGUCGCAGUUUUGCUGUCUGUUACUUUUGUUCUUGCUUUUGGAGAGGUUAUUCCGCAAGCUAUAUGCUCAAGGUAUGGACUCUCUGUUGGAGCUAAUUUUGUGUGGCUUGUGCGUAUUCUGAUGAUUAUCUGUUAUCCAAUUGCUUAUCCUAUUGGAAAGAUUCUGGAUGCUGUUCUUGGACAUAAUAAUGUUUUAUUCAGGCGGGCUCAGUUGAAAGCCCUUGUCUCUAUCCAUGGCCAAGAGGCUGGUAAGGGGGGUGAACUUUCGCAUGAUGAGACAACCAUUAUCAGUGGAGCGCUAGAUUUAACUGAAAAGACUGCAGCACAAGCUAUGACACCCAUUGAAUCAACGUUUUCCUUGGAUGUCAAUUCAAAAUUAAACUGGGAAGCUAUGGGAAAAAUUCUGGCAAAAGGACAUAGUCGUGUACCUGUCUAUUCUGGAAAUCCAAAAAACAUUAUUGGUCUCUUAUUGGUGAAAAGCCUUCUCACAGUUCGGGCAGAAACUGAGACUCCAGUCAGUGCUGUUUCUAUCCGAAGAAUGCCUAGGGUUCCAGGAGACAUGCCUUUGUAUGAUAUCCUUAAUGAGUUUCAAAAGGGAAGCAGUCAUAUGGCUGCCGUCGUUAAGGUUAAAGAAACAAGCAAAAAUUCUCAGCCUAUCCGUGAUGAAAAGAAAAUUGAGGAAAACAAAGUCUUCAGUGGAAAUUCUCAGUUACUUACUCCCUUGCUGGCCAAGAAUGAUGAUGUUACUGAUGUAUCAGAAAGUGUUAUGAUCAAUGUUGAGAAAAUUUUGAAGUCUGAAACAGAUAGACAAACUGCAACACAAACUGACGCUGCUGAGAAAAACUCGCCUCAUUUGUCCGAGGAUAUUGAAGAUGGAGAAGUCAUUGGUAUCAUCACCCUUGAGGACGUUUUUGAAGAACUUCUGCAAGAAGAAAUUGUGGAUGAGACUGAUGUGUAUGUUGACGUUCACAAAAGGAUACGUGUGGCUGCUGCUGCUGUGGCUGCUGCUUCAUCAGUUGCACGAGCUCCAUCAAAUCGGAGGUUGAAUGGUCAAAAGUCUGGUGGCGUCCAUGUUCAGCAACGGCAAACGCCAAAGAAGUCUGUGGAGGAUGACUUACAUUCAACAAAGUCUAUCGACAAAAAAAUGGAAGCUCCUCUAGGCAACAAGCUAUAACUCAUUGUUCGUCAUCAUCAGUAGCCGAAUCAUUUUCGGUAGAUUCAUGUGCAUGCUUGUAGUCCAUAGUUUAGUUCUCUGUUGUCUUUUUUUGUUUAAUUUUGGUAACUGUUGUUCAUAACUGUUGCCACUCCGCUCGACCACCCUUGAUAGAAAUGUACACAGCGGAUGGUCUGGAGGCAAGGCAGGGGUUUUUAGCUUGGAGAGUUGUUGAUUAAUGAUACUGAAGAAUGAGGUUGUCCACUCUUUUACCUUUUCAUUUCUUUUGUGGGUGAUAUGUAAAUGCUAUGACACCAGUACAUUUCAAAGCUUGGAGAUCAUAGUAAUCUCUUUUGGGUUC